UUUCAAAAAGCUUACCAAACAUGCCCAAAAAGAGGGAAGAACAUCAACUUCCUUUUUCUCUCAAUCAUCACUCUAUCUAUAAACCCUAAAUCAACCAAUUAACCUUCAAAUUCGAUCUUCAAUUUCAAUUGCCGAAAACAACAACCAACAACGGCGAUCAAGGAGCAAUCGGAAGGAUAUGAAGAGGCGUAAUCGCAACUGUAUAAUUCCGAUAUUAACAGUAAUUUACGGCAUUCUGUUCUCUCUUCUCUCUCCAACAGCAACCGCCGAUGGAUCUCUCACCUUCUGUGAUAACACAUCUGUUUCAGUAUUGAUUAAAAUUUGGGUUGAUGGUGUUGAAGGCAAAACAUUAGAGGGUCAAAGUGCAACGUUUAGUGCAAAAAUUCCCAAAACGGCUAAUGAGAUUGCUAAGCAGUCUGUUGUAUUGACAAAUCCCGUAAAUUGCUGUUCCAAUCUAUCCUCAGAGUUAUCUGGCUUUACCGCCUUGGCCCGUCGUGGCGAUUGCGACUACCUUGUUAAAGCUAAAGUGGCACAGGAGGCAGGUGCAGCAGGCUUGGUGGUCAUAAAUGAUAGUGAAGAUAUAGUGGAAAUGAGUUGUUCUGAAAAAACCGCAUUGGACAUAAGUAUUCCUGUUGUGAUGAUCUCAAAGCAUGGAGGAGAUGCUUUGAAUAAAUCUCUAUCGGCAGGAGGCAAAGUGGAACUUGUCGUUUAUGCACCUGAAAGCCCAAUCAUUGACCCUGGAGCGGCCUUUUUAUGGUUAAUGGCAGUUGCAACUGUAGUCUGUGCCUCACUUUGGUCUGAGAUCACCAAAAGUGGGGAGACCAAUGGGAAUUAUGAUGAGCUUUCACCAAAGUCCAAUCACAAGGAUGAUGAAGAGAAUGAAGUUAUUGAAAUGAGUACAACGAGCGCCGUGGUAUUUGUUAUUUCAGCAUCAACCUUCUUGGUGCUGCUAUAUUUCUUUAUGUCAUCUUGGUUUAUCUGGGUGCUGAUUGUAUUUUUCUGCCUUGGUGCUAUUGAGGGGAUGCAUUCUUGUAUGGUGGCGCUAGUAAAAAGCAAAUGUAGAGGGUGUGGUCAAAAGACAGUCAACGUGCCAUUUUUUGGGACGACAACUGUCAUGUCUCUAUUGGUGCUUCUGUUUUGUAUGGCAUUUGCAAUAUUCUGGGUUUGGACUCGGAAGGAGUCAUAUUCUUGGGUCGGUCAAGACAUUCUUGGUAUCUGUUUGAUAAUAGCAGUGUUACAGUUGGCUCAAUUACCCAAUAUUAAGGUGGCUACAGUGCUUCUUUGUUGUGCAUUUAUGUACGACAUAUUCUGGGUUUUCAUAUCUCCUGUUUUCUUCCACGACAGCGUCAUGAUUUCAGUUGCUCAAGGUGACAGCAGUAGUGGAGAAUCAAUUCCUAUGGUUCUAAGGUUUCCACGACUAUUUGAUCCUUGGGGCGGAUAUAGUGUGUUGGGCUUUGGUGAUAUUCUUUUUCCGGGCCUGCUUCUUUCAUUUACUGUUAGGUAUGACAAAGCAAAAAAGAGGACAUGGCAGGAUGGAUAUUUUGUGUGGUUGGCAAUCGGCUAUGCGUGCGGCCUCUUGUUAACAUACUUGGCAUUGUACUUGAUGAACGGCCAUGGUCAACCUGCGCUGCUCUAUCUUGUUCCUUGUACACUAGGGACUUGUAUCAUAUUGGGAUUGGUGAGAGGCGAGUUGAAAGAGCUUUGGAAUUAUAACGCGGAUGAAUCAAAGCAAACUUUAGUAGGGGACGGGGAAGCUUGAUUCUUAUCAUAUCUAUAUGCUCCCAUUGUUGCAGUAGCAUUGGCUUUUUUUGUUUCUUACCAUGUUCAUACACGCUAAUAUUUUGCAGUAGACCUACAAAUCGUUUCUUUAUCAAUAUACAGCAUCAAAUUUAUUGCAUAUAUACACUUUUGUAUUGUUUCAAUAUUAUUAUGCUCUUAAGAGGCGUUUGAUUUCUUUAA